AGCCAGGGAGCACUUUUUGCUCUUUUUAAACUCUGUGGCACUGAGAAUGAAGUCACUUCUCUUCUCUUAAAACCAACAGCUUUGCCCUAAGGUUUCCUGUUAUUAUUAUUUUCAGCCAGCUGCUGCUUGUGGAUGGUCUUUUGAGGAGACUAGUCUGGCAAGCUGCUCAUAACAGACUUCCAUUGCCAGGAUGGACCUCGGUGACAAAUGGACUUUGGAGGAAGGUCAUAGGUUGGCUCAUCCUGGAAUGCACCAUUUUGCAAGUUCAAGGGCAGACAAUGAGUUUGCGGAAUCCACAGCAGCGCAGUUCAUCCCAGAUGAGUUGGGUCCCCUGCCUGUGUGUUGCAGUCCAAGUAGCCCGGCCCAGCUACUAGAAGACACUAGUUAUCUUUUCCCAGACCUUCAGUUCUUCUCUGGGAGGCAUGAAGCUUCUCCGUUGACAGUAGAGGCAGGCAGUAGCACUAGAGAAAAAGCUGUUGAGGACGCCUUUUGUAACUUCUACUCCCCAACUUUCCUGAGGAUCUCAGAGGUGGAGAUGAGAGGUUCAGAGGAUGGGGCAGCUGGCACAGUGUUACAGCGGUUGAUCCAGGAACAGCUCAGGUAUGGCACCCCAACUGAGAACAUGAAUCUGCUGGCCAUUCAGCACCAGGCCACCGGGAGCGCGGGACCGUCCAACAGUACGACAAGCACCCUUUCUUCCACGGAAAACCUCGCUCAAGAAGACCCACAAAUGGUCCACCAGUCAGCACGGCAGGAACCUCAGGGCCAAGAACAUCAGGUGGACAAUACGGUGAUGGAGAAACAGGUCCGGUCCACUCAGCCUCAGCAGAACAAUGAGGAGCUGCCGACUUAUGAGGAGGCCAAGGCCCAGUCACAGUUCUUCAGGGGGCAGCAGCAGCAACAGCAGCAGGGGGCUGUCGCUCAUGGCUACUAUGUGCCCACUACAACUAGUCAGAAGUCCCGGACUGAAGGGAGGCCCACAGUGAAUCGGGCCAAUAGUGGCCAGGCUCAUAAGGAUGAUGCCCUCAAGGAACUCAAGCAGGGCCAUGUCCGAUCUCUCAGUGAGAGAAUCAUGCAGCUGUCACUGGAGAGGAACGGGGCUAAGCAACAUCUCCCUAGCUCAGGGAAUGGUAAAGGGUUUAAGGCCGGCGGGGGACCUCCCCCAGCCCAGCCUGCAGGCAAAGUGAUGGACCCACGAGGCCCUCCACCUGAAUAUCCCUUCAAGGCUAAGCCGAUGAUGUCCCCAAUCAGCAAGACCCAGGAACAUGGGCUCUUUUACAAUGACCAACACCCUGGGAUGAUCCAUGAGAUGGUCAAACCCUACCCGCCUCCUCAGCCAGCAAGAACAGAAGUUGCUGUCGUGAGGUAUCAGCCACCCCCAGAGUAUGGGGUAACAAGCCGGCCAUGCCAACUCCCCUACCCGUCGAUGCAGCAGCACAGCCCCAUGUCCUCCCAGGCCUCCUCCAUCAGUGGUCCGCUGCAUUCGGUCAUGCCUCCUCCCCUGCCAUUGGCCAUGUUGCCCCAGCAGCCUCCGCCUGCCACUCCCCCAGGCCAGCAGCUUGGCCCUGAAGCUUUUGCCAUUGUGGAGCGGGCACAGCAGAUGGUGGCAAUCCUAUCUGAGGAGAACCGGGUGCUCCGCCAGGAAAUUGAAGGAUAUUAUGACAAGGCUGACAAGCUUCAGAAGUUUGAAAUAGAAAUUCAGAGGAUUUCAGAAGCCUAUGAGAGUCUAGUCAAGUCUACCACCAAGCGAGAGUCUCUGGACAAAGCCAUGAGGAACAAACUAGAAGGAGAGAUCAGGAGACUUCAUGAUUUCAAUAGAGACCUACGAGACCGCCUGGAGACUGCCAACAGGCAACUAGCCAGCAGGGAAUAUGAUGGGCAUGAAGAUAAAGCAACAGAAGGUCAUUAUGCUUCCCAGAACAAAGAGUACUUGAAGGAAAAGGAGAAGCUGGAGAUGGAGUUAGCAGCAGCGCGUACUGCUAGUGAGGAUCAGCGAAGGCAUAUUGAGAUCCUGGACCAGGCUCUGAACAACGCGCAAGGCAAGGUCAUCAAACUGGAAGAAGAGUUACGGAAGAAACAAGCUUAUGUGGAGAAGGUAGAGAAGUUGCAGCAGGCCCUGACCCAACUGCAGGCCGCAUGUGAGAAGAGAGAGCAGAUGGAACGAAGGCUGAGGACCCGGCUGGAGAGAGAACUGGAGGCCCUGAGGAUGCAGCAGAGACAUGGAAAUGGCCAGUCAGGCAACAUGGCAGAUCACAAUGCCCCAGCACUUAUGGAGCUUGUGAGGGAGAAGGAAGAGAGGAUUUUGGCCCUGGAAGCUGACAUGACCAAGUGGGAACAGAAGUACCUGGAGGAGAGUACCAUCCGACAUUUUGCCAUGAAUGCUGCUGCUACUGCAGCAGCUGAGAGGGAUGCCACAAUCAUCAACCACUCGAGGAAUGGCAGCUACAGCGAGAGUUCCCUAGAGGUCCGCAUCUGGCAGGAGGAGGAGGAAGUUGUGCAAGCCAAUAGGAGGUGCCAGGACAUGGAAUACACCAUAAAAAAUCUUCAUGCCAAAAUCAUAGAGAAAGAUGCCAUGAUUAAGGUCCUUCAGCAGCGAUCUAGAAAAGACGCAGGAAAGACAGAUGCCUCCAGCUUACGUCCUGCCCGCUCUGUCCCGUCUAUUGCUGCAGCCACUGGCACACACUCACGCCAAACAUCUCUUACCAGCAACCAGUUAGCUGAGGAGAAGAAGGAGGAGAGGACCUGGAAAGGGAGCAUCGGAUUGCUAUUAGGGAAAGAGCACCAUGACCACGCUUCUACUCCCUUGCUGCCAACACCUCCUCCCCUGCCACCGCCAGCGGCUUCAUCUCUGUCUCCAGCAGCUUCCAUGGUUCUGGUAGGCAGCUCCCAUGCCAAAACGGGCAGCAAAGACAGCAGCACUCAGACUGACAAGAGCUCUGAACUCUUCUGGUCCAGCAUGGCUACUUUUCCUAGCCGUGGCAAGCUGAGCACUACCCCUUCAAACAGCCCCAUCUUGAAACACACUGGGGCCAAGGGAACUGGAGAAAAGUUGGAGACCUCGCCCAGCCAGGGGAAGCCAGGUCCUGAGAACAAAGGCCGAGUCAGCAGUUUGCUUCAUAAACCGGAGUUUCCAGAUGGAGAGAUGAUGGAAGUUCUCAUCUAGGAGCUGCCCUCUCCCCCAGGGAACUUCCCAUGGAAUGAUGCCCAAGAAAAGUGUUUUAGGGCAGAGAAAGAGGGAUGGGAAAGAGAGGGAGGGAAGGAGGGAGGGAGACUGAGAAGGUUGGUGGGUGGGAUUUCAAGAACAAUUCAAAAGGAUAGGGAUUUCAGACUCUCAAAACACAUUUAUUUUUAAAGGUAGAUGGAAACAGGAGACCUGCAUGACUGAAGAUGAAUGAAAGUACUCUGGAUUAUUGCAAAGAGAGGGAAAGGCAAAGAUAAGUGUGGAUUUGGAAAGAAAUUUAACAGAAAAGAGAAAGUAGCCAUUUUUAUUGUAUGGAAAAGAUAUCUCUUGGCGAGGAUCUGUUCAGAACCAUUCUCUGAUUAAGAUUGGCUAAGCUCCCAAAUUGCUUUUCCUUUGAAAGUCCAAUGUUCCUUUUUGCAUGUCUUUUACAAGCGAAAAAAAUGUUUAUCCAUCACUAGAACCCAUUCUGAUUAUAUGUAACAUCCCUGAACCAUCAUCAGGGCUUCCCGUGAAGGGUUAUGAGCAUGUCGGUGUGGGUAUGAGUAAGUACAAUUCGAUGUCCACGGGGAGGUGGGGUAAUUAGACAGGGAUGGCAGCCCCUAAAUAAUCCCUGGCCUGAUCCAGACUUCCAGGAGAUUUAGACAAGCUCUUCUUUCCCUCCCAUCUUAUAUUCAGCAGUGUCUUCCAAGAAGGUCACCCUCCUUGGGUUUCUGGUGCUGUCUCUACCUUAAGUUCAUCCUUGCUUCUUCUUAGAACUAGGAUUUCAAAGAGCAUCAUGUUAAGUGUUCUCAUUAUUCCUUCAGUGCUUAGUAAUGAACUAGUAGCUUUCUGGAGCCAUAUUCUAGUUGUCUUGCUUCUCUCUCCACCCCAUCUCCUGACCCCUAGCUCAUGUACAUGAUAACUCAUUCUGAUUGUGAAACUCUUGUUAAAUUUUGAUGAAGUAGGGUAUACUAUUGAUGAUAUGACUUUUUUCAUUAAGAGAAUGGCACUGCCUCUCUUCUGGCUCACAUGACCUCUUCCAGAAAGAAUUUAAAUGUUCUUACCCAACCCAUUAUUUAAAUUUCUCUAGUUAAGAGGAUAAGAAAAGGGGGUUUUUCACAACAGGGCUUUAAUUGCACAUAGUUGGCCCAGCUCCUUCUAUACCUCAGCAGUCACCUUGUUCAAGAUUUCUUGUACUUGUGGGCCCAGGAGCAUCUUCUCAUACAUAUACACUGCUUCCUCACCCUCAUGAUUAUUAAUGAGCAGCAAAUUAUUUGGUAGAAUAUAGCCUUUAGCUUCCCUCUGCCAAGAAUGUGUUUAGUAACACACCAGCACAUAUAGUAGGGACAUUUUAAUAUUUAUUCUUCUGAUCAGCUUUUCCUAGACAAGGCAGGGAGAACAUUGAAUGUAAAAAUAGAUGAUGUAUUAGGUAGCUAUUAUUCCUCUUGCACUCUGGAGUGGAAAGGGUCAAAGUGACGUUGCAUGUUUCUUCACUUUCAAUUUGGUUUCCUUUGAAAAGGUUAGAAAGUUCCAUGUCAUGAGGGGGUGAACCUUGAUUUUAGAGCUACCUCUCCAAAAUGGCUCCAAAUCAGUCAAUGAACAAGUUAUUUAUUAAGCAUCAAGGAAGCAUUUAUUUACAUUCUAAUCAUCCAUGACCACUCACUUGACCAUGAAAAAGUCAAUUUGCCUUCUUGGGCCUCAGUUUCCUUUUCUAUAAAAUGAUUGGGUUGAACUAAGGUUCUUCUCUGCUCUCAAAUUUUAUUAUUCUGUCUCAUUCAUUCUACUUUUUUUCUCCUUUGGUCACCUAGAAAAAAAAUGUGAAAUCUUGUGUGUGGUCUCACCUAAUUGACUGCUGGAGAUAAAAUACGUUUGGAAUUCCUCCCACUUGUCUGGUCAGUUCUUUUGAGGCAAGUCUUCGGAAUUUAGCUGAUGUAUGGAUCUUGUUUUCCCCAGAACAUGAGCUCACAACCUGACCAGAUGAAAGUAAUGAAGUUUUCAUCUGAGCAGGAAGGGGAAAACCACUAGCUUUUGACUCAGAAUAGACUUUUUGUUCAUAUUUAUUUGUUGAAACCUGCUCUCUGUUCAUGUGACAAAGACCAUAGAAAGCAGGCUGAAGAUUAAGAGAUACCAGUUUCCAUUAGUGGGCUGUCCUCAUCUCUUUCAUUGUGAAAUACCACAGCUUUAGGAACCACAGCUUUAGGAUGGGGUGGAGUAUAGGUCAGAGGUAAGUUAGGUGCAAAGUGAAUUGAAUGUCCCCAUCCUCAUCUCUGCUCCAUUUUACUAGCACCGGUGACAGGGUUAAGCUGAUGAUACCUACCUCUGAAGGUAUUGCUCUCUAGCACUAAUCAGUAUUAAAUGGGCACAUCCUCCCCCCAGAGGCAAGGGAUUAAUCCAUAUGUUAUCACACAUGGAUACAGAAAAUUGGGGUGAAAGUCCAGAACUGAGGCCCUUGAAUUCUAUCACUAGCUGCCAUAGGUGAGAAAUUUCCAUUGAUAUCAGUAAUAAAGAGGGUGUAUUAGCACUCCCUAACAAACAGUGUUAACAAAAGAAAGUGCUCUCUGAAAUUUCUCCUGUGUUGACUAGGACAGCGGAUUUUCUAUCAACAUGUUCAGCAGAUUUAGGCCUUUAUUGUAGAACACCACUGGGAAUGAUAUUGGGGUGGAGAAUCAAUGACAUGCCAAGAGAUCAAUGAAUUCUUUAUAUACAUGCUGAAAUAGUGCUAUUAAAAUUAUUUCAUUGACAACAUUGAAUGAAUUAACCAUGAUGAAAUCAUGGCAAAUUAGUUUGCAUCUCUGAGCCUCAGUUACUUCAUCUGUAAAAUUAGGAGAUUCGACUAGAUGAUACCUUCCAACUCAUCAAAAAAAACUAUCGUGUAGUCAGUAUGUGCAAAGGGCAUUCUCAGGGGCUAUACCAAAUAUUGUACAUUGGUAGAAAGUCCUCUGACACUAGAUUUUUUUAGCUGUGUCUAAAAGCAGAAGAGGUCCCUGCCCAACACCCCCAUCCCCACAAAUGGAGAAGAGGCCAUCAUUCUUAACUUGUCAAGAAUCUCUUCUUUUCAUUUCCCCUUAAUUCUUGCCCUCUUAAACUUCCCAGGUGUCACUUAAUCCAGACAGUGGAAAGUGCCAAGAUUAGCCUGUCCUGAAUGUGCUUCCAGGGUAGGACAUCUUUCCCUUCCUUUGUUUGAGGAGCAUUGACUUCUCUGCAGUGAAAUGAAAGCCAAUGAGCCUUUUUCCCCUUAAAAAUAAAUCUGUGAGGGUCAGAAGUAAGCAAUUGCCCUUUGGAGUCUAUCAGUGUCCUUGAACUCCAUCAGGAAAGUUUGGUUUGAACCAGGAGACUGGUUGCUCAGAGUGAAUUCUGGUCUUAACACAAAGAAGGUCUUGUGGACAGUCAUGAAGGAGAGCCUCCCUCCUGAAUCACAGGUGCUAGGGAAUAAAACCACCCUUGAGUGGUUCCCAGGUAAGCUGCAGUGCCUCCAUGCAUUCCUUGUUUCCAAUCUCACCCCCGUUUAUCAUGAAGAUUAUGAGUACAUAUACCUAUGGUGGCCAAAACACAAACCCUUAUGCUGAAUUCUAAUUGGAUUCUGGUUGCCAUGGAGAUAACAGAGGGAGAUGAGUGAGACAGGCUGAUUGUCUUUUGGGUCCCCAAUGUAAUCGCCCACCAGGAACCCAAAGAUCCCUAUUAUAGCCCAGUGAUGUGUGUAAGGAGAGAAAGAUGAAGGGGCAGCUAAUGGAACCAUGACUCAGAAGAUCAGAGAUGCCAGCUUUACAUGGCAGAGAACUGUGCCAAGCCAAGAGAUAUGUUUUCUAGUGCCACCGUUUUGUUAAUUCUAUGCAUUUAUUUUUUGUCUGUACCUGAAAAACAAUUUUUGCAUCACUCUUCUCUUUAUGGUUUUGAACUUCUUAUCAAAGGAGUGGUGUGUCUGUAGCGAGAGAAAUGCCAUGGACGUUCUUUCAUGUUUCCAGGUAGACAGUGUGAUAUACAUCUUCCUUCUUGUCAGUCCACCUCCUGUCUCCAAACCUGAGGUGACUCAGUAUGUGUUUUGUAAACUUUUGUGUUUUUUUUUCUUCAAGAAGAAAUCUAAAUGUUUCUAAGUGUGUGUGCUCAGUAAGUGGACUGUUUAAAAUAUUUGUAUCUGCAAAAGCGUGGACUUCUUGGGAAAUGGAUUAUUUAGUAAGUUACCAAGAAAUGGUCAGCAGGGAGAUGACAAUGGUGAGCAUUUUAGUAAGUGACUUUCUUCAAAGAAGUGGCAAAAAUGCUCCUUUUAAAAGCUUCUUUCUUUUUAUAAUAGUUGUACCCUUCUCUCUUCUAAAUAUUUAAUGGUGUACAUAUACAUGUAUAUAUGUAAGUGCAUAUAUACAAGGGGUGACUAUCAAGUGAUGUGACUAAAAAAGUUUUAUUUUUAGCAAAUACACCAGACCUUAUACAUCCAAAUGAGUGAUGUACAUUUAAAGUUUUCUGCUUGGGGCACCAUACAUUUAUUCUACAAUGAUGCCGUUGCUCAAAGCAUGUAUGAGUCACACCUUGCCCGGGAUGUGCUUUUGAAUAUCCUCAGUCAGUGCAGGCAAAAUCUUCCCCUUCAAAAGAGAAAUUCAUUUGAUUUUGGGUGCCAAAUCUCUUGGGAAAAAUGGGUCAUCAAAUUGGGUAAAACCAAUUUUUUGGUGAAAAUCAAAGUUAUAACUCUCAAAGCUGAUUUCCUUUUCCCAGAAUCACAGAAUCCCUGAGUUGGAAGAUCUCAGAGGUCACCCAGUCCUACCUUUACUUAAACAGAAAUACUCUCUGUAACAACCCAGUGAAGGUCAAGCCAACUCCCACAUAAACGCCUCCAACGAUGGUGGCCUUUGUCACUGCCCAGGGCAGCCACUCUCAUUUUUGGAUAGUUCUAUGUGCCUCGGGUAGCUCCUAGGAUAAAUUAUUAUCUGGUUCAGUGUGGUGAAUCCCCACGCCAGGAGUUGUACAUGAUGAUGAAAUCCUUUUCAUAUUUAUAUAACUACUAAAAAAAUUUUUUUCUUACCUCUCCCUUGGGUAACUCUUACCCAUUGUUCCAAGAGAGCCAAGUAAAUUGUGGCCUGGAACUUAGUUCUGACAGCAGUGCCCAAAGAGGAGUUCCAAAAAAUGUUUUAAUUAAUAGUACCAAGCAAUACAGAAGGACAACACUCAUUUGGAUGUAUAUGUUCCAGUGUAUUUGUUUGUUUGCUUUUUAAUAAAAGGUUCCAUCACUCUCAUGAUGUCAUGCACGUGUUUAUAUGUAUAUGCACACUCUGCGAGUAUAUGUGUAUAUUCAUUAGUACAUACAUUCAGUAGUUAUUGAGCAAAACUGUGUUCUACGAAAUGCAUGUUGUUUUAUAAUACCAUUGCAGUAUGCUUUUGCUGUGGGAUUUUGCUACUUCGUAGAAUUAAAAAUACAGUUACAUAUAAAUAAAUAUAUUUGCAGCAUUUUCUUCUAGUAUCAGUGCAGAAAGUUUUGCUCUCCAGCAGUGUUUACAAACGAUUUUGUCCCAAAAUUUGUCCGUCUUGUAAACAACUAUUUAUUACAGAAUGGAAUGUAGGCAAAUGUAAACCCCAUUUACUAUUUGCGGAUUUGGAGAAAUACUCUUGGAGGUUCUCAGCAUUUUCAAUUGAAUUGAGGUAUUUUUCCCUUUUGGAAAGAGCAGUGGUUCAUUCCCCAUAGUUGGAUGAGAGGGCAGAGUCUAGAGAAAGUGUCAUGGGUUGGAUGCUUCUCCCCAGCUCCAGCGAUGGUUACGCACAGCACCUGCUAUUGUUAUUCCUGCCUGCUCCAUGUGUAUGUGUCUUGGUGCUUUGUGAACUUGUGCUGUAUUCAUUCCAGGUGACAUCGGUAACUGGUUGUAAAAUUUUGGCAUGUGAUUAUUGCUGGUCUGUAUAGAAUGGGGUGUAUAGCACUGUACAGCCAGAUGGGGAUGUGUACAUAGGGGGAAGUCCAAGCAUGUGAUGUGUCCCCUGCAGCAAAUAUUGAUAUUGUUGGUCAGCCAAAGAUUUUCCUAUUCUUUGCUGCUUAAACUUGUGCCUUAAUAUUGUAUAUAAUAAAUGGAUUAAAUGGUC